UUUGUAGGUGGAAGUGAUUCGACAAACUGUCAUCAUCAUCCGGGUCGUUUUCUGGUCACAGAGGAUCCAAGAUGGCGACUCACAUGUCGAGGUGUAGAACCUGGAGUCGUGUUCAAAGGUUUGGGAUCGCAGCUUACAGAAAGUACAGCAGUGGCGGCCGAUACCCAAAUAUCUCCCUCUCUUCACCACUGCCUGGGAUCCCCAAGCCAGUGUUUGCAUCUGUGGAUGGUCAGGAGAAAUAUGAGACCAAGAUCACUACUCUAGAAAAUGGCCUCAAAGUGGCUUCCCAAAACAAGUUUGGUCAAUUCUGCACAGUUGGAAUUUUAGUAAAUUCUGGAUCCAGACAUGAAGCAAAGUAUCCGAGUGGAAUAUCACACUUCAUAGAGAAACUUGCCUUUUCUUCCACAGCUCAGUAUGGGAGUAAAGAUGAAAUUCUCCUCACGUUGGAAAAACACGGAGGGAUAUGUGACUGCCAAACAUCAAGAGAUACAACCAUGUAUGCAGUAUCUGCUGAAGUGAAGGGUCUGGACACGGUGGUCGGUCUUCUCUCCGACGCCGUUCUGCAGCCUCGUCUGCUGGAUGACGAGAUCGAGAUGACAAAAAUGGCGGUACGCUUUGAGUUAGAAGAUCUAAACAUGAGGCCAGACCCUGAACCCUUACUCACUGAGAUGAUCCAUGCUGCUGCAUAUCGAGGCAACACAGUCGGACUGCCUCGCUUCUGUCCUGCAGACAACGUGGACAAGAUCGAUAAGAAAGUGCUGCACAGCUACCUGCGUAACUACUACUGUCCCGAGCGGAUGGUGCUGGCCGGAGUGGGCAUCGAGCACGAUCAGCUGGUUGAAUGUGCCAGGAAGUACCUGCUGGAUGCGAAGCCAGUGUGGGGAACGAGUGCAGUGGCCAACGUGGACCUGUCAGUAGCCCAGUACACUGGUGGCAUCAUCAAGAUGGAGAAGGAUAUGUCAGAUGUGAGCCUCGGCCCCACCCCGAUCCCAGAGCUCACCCACAUCAUGAUCGGCCUGGAGAGCUGCUCCUUCCUGGAGGAUGACUUCAUCCCAUUCGCAGUGCUCAACAUGAUGAUGGGUGGAGGCGGCUCCUUUUCUGCAGGAGGACCUGGGAAAGGCAUGUUCACCCGCCUUUACCUGAACGUGCUCAACAGGCAUCAUUGGAUGUACAAUGCCACUUCUUACCAUCACAGCUAUGAGGACAGUGGUCUGCUGUGCAUCCAUGCGAGUGCAGACCCCAGACAGGUGCGAGAUAUGGUGGAGAUAAUCACCAGAGAGUUCAUUCAGAUGGCUGGCACUGCAGGAGAGAUGGAGCUGGAGAGGGCCAAGACUCAGCUCAAGUCCAUGUUGAUGAUGAACCUGGAGUCGCGGCCGGUUAUUUUUGAAGAUGUUGGUCGCCAGGUUCUCUCCACAGGAAAGAGAAAGCUGCCACAUGAACUGUGUGAUCUAAUAAGCAACGUGACAGCCAGCGACAUAAAGAGAGUGACCACCAAGAUGCUGCGCAGUAAGCCUGCUGUAGCGGCUCUGGGAGACCUGACGGAGCUGCCCUCGUACGAACACAUCCAGGCCGCCCUGUCCAGCAAGGACGGACGUCUGCCCCGCAUGUAUCGCCUCUUCCGAUAGACCCGCCGCCCCUCGUGGCCAUCAAGCCGGCAGCCACUGGCAAACAUCACUGUAAAUAAACUGGACUGAAGAUUACACUAGUGUUCCCUCCCACCACAGAACUCGACACAGCUCACUCUGGGAGGGGACUAAUGCCCCCGGCUCUCGACUGAACCUCAGAGAGAGGGGAUUUUAAAAGAAAAGUUACAUUUUUACUCUACAGUAAGCAUAGUCGACAUACAGUUGGAGUACAUGUAUUUAUUGUUUGUGGGCAGGAAAGCCAUAUUUCAUCAUGUUCUGGGGUGGUUUCAGGAGUUUGGUUUUAAAGGGACGAGUCACCCCAAAGCCAAAAUUAAAUGAUAGUUUACCAUUUCAAAACUGAAAUACCAACCGUUUGUUUGAGAAUAUGAUUGAAUGAUAUUGCACUGUUAAAGUAAAGCUGCCUAUAGGCAAGAGAAGGCAUCCCCAGCAGUGUCUAAAGUGUUAUUUUGUAUUAAGUUGAUUAUUUUUCUCCAUUUGCAAAACCAUCCGCACUCUAAAAUUCACCAAGCUCCACCUUGAGCUGCCUUUUUCUCUUUUUUUUUUCUUUCUCUUGAGAAUAUCGUACUGUUUAUACAGCACUUAAGAGUCUCACAGGAGACACAACACACAGCAAACUGAUGAAUAAAGGAUUCCUUGGAAAUGUUUUGGAUAAAUGUGAUAAACCUCACAUCCGUAGCCAAUUUGUCCUCAAGAAGACUGAAGAAAUCACAUUUUUUUUGUCAUCCCUGUGUCUCAUGUACAGUGAAGCGAUUGAAAUCUAAAGUGAAAGUUCUUUUUUUUUGUAUUGUCAUUGUAAAUUCCCUUGCAAAUUAAAAACAAUAUAAAAAUAGAUCAAAUAAAGGAACUGUUUAAGUUUGGGGAAUAUGCUUAUUCUCUUUCUGGAGAAGAGUUAAGAUGAGAAGAUCAAAACUAAUUUUAACUUGAGUGCUCCAAAGAUUUCACACUAUUCUGGUAAAAAGACCAAUCUGGUGUGUUUUCAAAUUAAUUUAGAGGUUUUAGAGAUUCAUCAGAUUUUAUUUUACACAAAAAAGCAUGUGCUUUGUACUAGUAACACUAUUUCAGUGGUUUCUGGCUACAGGAUGUGAAUGAAACAAUGUCAACCUAAAUGUAAUUACUUCCAUGAAUAAAACUGUAUAUUUUAAA